GGAACGCUGAACUAUUUCAAUUUGAUUUGACAAAACGUGAUAAUUAAUAAUUGUUUUCGUAAAUUUCUCAUUUCCGCUUCGCCCACGCCCCAGAGGCGUGUGGCAGGGGCAGCGGUAGGGGGCAACACUUGUUAGUCGCUGACAGGCGGCACCGGCGCAUCCAAUGCGAUGGGGAAAUUCAUUUUUCACUUUUCAUCAAACGCGCACAACGCUCGUUCCAAACGGCACAACAAACGGUUCGCGACUGCCACGGCCAGAAUGCUGCUGCCGCUGCCUCUGCCGCCGCUGCCUUGCCUCGGCGGUGUCUGUCUGAGAAAAUGUGUCGCUCUCGACGUCGAUCAGCGACCAAAUGGAAACGGCUUCUCCGAAUGAAAUCUCAAUUGUUGCACAAAUAAAUUCAGCAAGUGACCCAUAAACAUGCCACCGAUCAGCAGCACAAAAAGAGGAGAACAUAUUCGGCUUUCAAAACGAAAUUGACGCCAGCUGUGGGGUGCACAAGAGCAGAUAUGAAGCUUAGAAGAUCUUAAAAUAAUUAAAAAGACUCAAGGAUUGGUUCAUGCUAUAGGAUGGGAAAGAAAAAUAAGAGACAAACUGCAAAACUUUCAUUAAUUUACUUUUGAGCAGUAAAGUGAAUGAAUGUCCAUCAUAUCAAUCGCCUCAAAGACAGCUGUCAUCUGAUUAAGUUUACACGAGAGAGAGACCCUUUAGAGCUAUUGGAAAACCAUUUUCUGAUACCAAAUUCAGUUCAUUCUUUAAUCCAACCGCUGUAGGAAUCAAACAGGAUAUCGCUGCAAUGUUUGGCAAAAUAAAAGUAGUGCUGAUACUGCUCCUAGCUCAGGCAGUGUCUGAGGAAACCGAGCAGCCCCAGAUGACAUUCCUCACCAAACUCAUCCAACGUAUCCACAAAGAAGUACCGAUUCGGACCUUACUCAUGCUGCAGCACCACCAAGACAAGGACUGCUCGAUUCAGGAUUGGAAUCCUGAUGGUAUUCCCAUCCUACGAGCCAACGAGCUGAUAGAAAUAGACAUGAGGAAGCACUUCAAUCAGAAGUCGGUGGCAUUGGUCUGCCUAGAGGAACCCUCCCACCUGAGUCUGCUCCUAGAUGCUCUGGUCAAGUCAUUCGAUCAUUUGCGGUAUGUGCGAAUCCUACUGUGGACGCAAGGGAAUCCAACAGAGGAGUUUCUCAAACAGAUCUCCGACAAGGCCGAGGAGCAUAAGUUUCUUCAUAUGAUCGUUCUGGGACUUCAUCAAAGGGGGGAAACGAUGCAUCGAUUGAAACCAUUUCCCAGUCCCCGCUUUGAGAGGAUCGAGAAUGUUUCGUGCAUAAAGGGAUCCGUUUUCGACCGGCCUACACUCAACUUCCAAGGAAGAACGGCGACCGUGCUGCAAAACCUGAAUAUUCCCUUUACCAUCAAGAAUGCACCGGCUGUCGAUUUUCCCAUCAAGCGGAUCGAGGACAUGCAGAUCGUUGAGUUUGCCAUGAAAUACAAUUUGACUCUGACAAGGGCUCAGAAAAAGGACUCCGAUGUGACUGAUCCGUACGUCGAUAUUGAGUUGAGUCCGCACUUUGUUUCAAAGAGCGACCUUCUCCAGCGAGUUGAAUCUGUGAAUGCCUUUACUUUAUCCUCGCUGAUGGUUGUAGUGCCCUGCGGCAAGGAGAGAAGCAUUGCAAAGGUCUAUCGUCUGCUGGACUUGAGGACUUGGUUCCUCUACAUCCUAUCCGUCUAUGCCACGUUCGUGGUGGCGGAGAGCGUCAUUUUGGUAGCAACCCAUCGCAUCUUAGGCCGUUCCUAUCGUCUCACCAACCUGAAUCCCUGUGUGAAUAUGCGCGCCUUCAGGGCCAUCCUGGGACUCCCUUUUCCCAUUGGCCCCAGACUGACCGUCUCACUGCGCCUGCUCUUCCUGGCCAUGAGCUUGUUCGGAAUGAUCUUCAGCAACUUCUUCAGCUGUAAGCUGAGCUCCCUGCUGACCAAGCUUCCACUGCAACCUCAGGUGGAGAGCUUCGAGCAAUUGCGGACGAGUGGUCUGACCGUAAUUGGCUUAUCCACCAUACAAUCCUUCAUCGAGCACGAGAUCGAUGAAGAGUUCACCAGGCGGUAUUUAUCCAAUGUGAAGUUUCUGGACACUCUAAAGUACGCUGACGCACUGAUCGCAGGGAACACAAGUUUCGCCUUUAUAGUUGUUAGAGACACCUGGAAAGGAUUCGAAAGGUUUCAGCAGAUAAUUGGAAGGAAGAUUUUCUGCGAGUCACAAAACCUAUCCAUCAUAGAGAACCUACCGAAGAUGUACAAAAUGCAGAAGGGUUCCAUAUAUAAGUGGCAUCUGACCAAAUUCUUUAUGACGUUCUUCGAGUCCGGAAUCCCCUCUUAUUGGAAAAACACUUUUCAUUAUAAUAUCCGAGAACGACUCAAUGUCACUAUUCCACGGAAUCUUAAGCCAGAAUUCGUUCCUUUGUCGUUGCAUCACCUAAAAUGGCUGGGUUGGGUUCUUGCCUGUGGCUACGGCUUGGCCACUGUGGUCUUUCUUGUGGAAGUCUAUAUGGGAAAUCGGAAGAGAAAAGUGGAGAGCAAAGUACCUGCUCCUCUAGGAAACCAGGAGAUCGACGCGGUCUAA